GCCAAGCCAAAAGCCGAUCCCAAGAGCUGAACUCAGCAGAGACUCUGACGGCUCUUGCAGCAGCUGCCUGAUCCCUCUCAUUGCUGGCCUCCUUGCCCCAUCUGCGCUCCCUUCUGCUGCCCCCCAACAAUGGCAAGGAACCACCAAGUGCAGAAAGCCAAGCUGGCCGAACAGGCCGAGCGGUAUGAGGACAUGGCUGACUUCAUGAAAGCAGUGGUGGAGGAUGGAGCUGAGCUCUCCAACGAGGAACGCAACCUCCUCUCUGUCGCCUACAAGAACGUGGUUGGCUGCCAGAGGUCUGCCUGGAGAGUCAUUUCCAGCAUCGAGCACAAGACCGAGGAAGGAGAUGACAAAGCUCAGCUGGUCAAUGAAUACCGGGAGAAGAUCGAAAGUGAGCUGAAGAGCGUCUGCAAUGUCGUGCUGGGUCUUCUGGACAAGCAUCUCAUAAAGAAAGCAAGUGACCCGGAGAGCAAGGUGUUCUACCUGAAGAUGAAAGGUGACUAUUUCCGCUAUCUGGCCGAGGUAGCCACUGGGGACGACCGCAAGCAGAUCAUUGACAAUGCCCGGAAGGCGUACCAAGAGGCCAUGGACAUCAGCAAGAAGGAGAUGCAGCCCACUAAUCCCAUCCGCCUGGGCCUCGCCCUCAACUUCUCAGUUUUCCACUAUGAGAUCGCCAAUGCCCCAGAAGAGGCCAUCAAGCUGGCCAAGACCACCUUCGACGAGGCCAUGGGAGACCUUCACACGCUCAGCGAAGACUCCUACAAGGACAGCACCCUCAUCAUGCAGCUUCUCAGGGACAACCUCACACUAUGGACGGCGGAAUGUGCAGGAGAAGAAGGGGGAGAACCUGGCGAAGAUCCCAGAAACUGAACUUUGCAGACCAUGGAACGACGGUGACUCCUCGUCCACCUCCCCUUUUUUUCUUUUCAAAACCCAUUCAGUUUUUAUAAGAUGCAGCUCCAGCUCCUGGAAGCUCCCGCUGGAUUUCAACAGCACAAGGGGACUGAUUCAUUUGCAUGGGAUUCAAGCGCUUACCUUACCCCUCCUCAUGCGGCAGCUGGAGGGGGACAUGCCCCUCCCCUGCUCUUCUUGGUAUGUGAGCUCUACAGCAAGCGAACAUUCUUAGCUUAGUAUAGAUUCUUGUUUCUGGUUCAACACAUAAAGAGUCUUCCUGACCUGUUAUGCAGGACUGUACUUUUUUUUUUUAGUGUUUAACUUUGGGGGAAAAGAAUAAAACCACAGGAAACUUAAAUUUUGUUUGACAUGGCUAAGGUCUCAAAAACCAGCUGGGCAGAGUUAAGCAAGCGUGAUCUCCUUUGCUUCCUUCGGGUGUCUUAUUCUGCAGGGUUUUUCCCCCCUUACCCGAGACAUCCUGUCGUAAGAAAACAGAGGUGGUGGGCCUUUGGGGAGCUCUUUAGAGUGAGUUAGGAAUAGCAGUCUCAAGAGGGCCUCUUGUUGUUCGUGGUGAUUUGCUACCGUGUUCUUCCCCAAUAAAAGUUCACUUUCAUGCCUGCC